AUGGUUUCCCCGGGGGAGCCCAGGGCAACCAGGUCGCCUAAGGAGGGACGCACCGGCCCAGCGCCUGGCGAAAUGUCCCGCCAACGACAAGUCAUCCCCGCGUCACGGGCCCCCCUGGGGUCACCAACCAAGGACACGCUACACGUCUUAGAGAGUCGUCUCCAGAACACGGAGGGCGACACCCAAGAUCUUCUCUCUCAGCUGGCAGAGAUGGGGUUUGAUCCACGCGUGAUCAUGUCUCAACAACAGGGAUCCAGAUCACAUUCCCUGGAUCCAGGCGUACAGGAUCCUAUAAGUCCAUUCCAGCACAGGGCGGUCCAGGUGGCUCCGGAGGUGCUGCAGAAGAAGUAUGAGGAACUUGUGGCCAGAGUGUGCAGGACUGAGAGCACCAUACAGUCACUUAAGCUGAACCUGGUCACACUGCAGGCUGAGAAGGACUUAAGGGGAAAAGAUACUCAGGGAGCUAACGAACAGAUGGCAGCUGCGGUGGAGGCUUACGACCGUGAGGUGAAGAAGUUGAAAGGUCGUCAGGAGAGGUUACAGAGAGACAUGGAGGAGGCUGAGAACAGGAGGGAGACAGCAGUACUGGACGUACAACAGUUACACAACGCACUGGAGGUCGCCAACACUGAGAAGAAUGAGCUGACAGCUAGGUAUGAAGAGUUGAAGAACACAAAACAGAAGUUGUCAAGAAGGCUGAAUGAGAUAAAAGAAGAGUUGUCUCGAGAAAGCAGUCUGCGAGCCAGUCUCGAGGAAUCCCAUGCUACACUACUGGCCAGAAUACACAGUAUGGAAGGGGUGGUGGAGACUGAGAGGCAUGGGGUUGAGACACUGUCCUCUGACUGUAACGCCCUGAGGAAGGAGACCAUGCAAGCGAGGGAAGAGUUGAAGAAAGAACAGAUGAUACGGGAACAGGUGGAAGAGUUAGUCAGGACACUCAGGGCAGAAACUGAAAUAAGAGAAAGAGAGAUGAAGAAAUUUGUGGGAGAACAUCAGGUUAACCAGAAGAUAGUUGCUGACCUGAAGAGACAGAACGUCGAGCUGAGAGGGGAGUCAGAAAAUGCCCGUAGGAUCCUCCAGGAACAAAAGGAGGCCUAUCAUCAGCUGGAGAAGGAGAACCAGGAGGCCCAUGAAGCCUUGAAGACGGCUUCAGGAGAGAUCGCUAAACUCAUGUCUGACCACCAGCAUGCACUCAAGCUGGAGCAGGAGAAAGUUUCCACUCAGCUGAAGGAACAGGACAGGGCACUACAGACACACAAGGCCACAGUGUCAGACCAGGUGGAACAACAGAGACAAGAGAAGGCCAUAAUACAGAGAGAAAAUGAUGAACUGAAGUCCAAGAUCUCUAGUCUGGAGAGAGACCUACAGCUGAAGGAAGACAAGUCCGUGGAACAAGUCAAGAAACUGGAUUCUGUCAUUGAAACUUUGAAGAAGGAAAUAGAGCAACUGACAAAGGAGAAGGAACAAGUACUGAAAGACAAGCAGAGUCUGCUGGAGGAAGUGAACCAGGCUGUCGAUGGGAUGACAGAGGAGAGACAAAAACUGCAGGAUGAAAUGCAGCAGUACAAGUUGGAGAUCUCAGCCCUGUCCAAUGCCAGACAGCAGGUGGAACAGGAGAACAUGCGACUGUUGGAGAGGAUGGGAGCUGUGGAACAACAACAGGCAUCCCAGAAGCAGGUUGAGAAGGCCAUGGCUGAGAUGAUAGACAGCAAGAACAGACUGGCUUAUGACAAGGGGAAACUACAGACAAAAGUUGACCAGCUACAGCAGGAGCUGGAGUCCCUGGCCAACGCCCAGUCAGAGGUGGUGCACCUGCGGAAGGUGAACGCAGCUGUGGAGGCCAAGUUCAACAAAGCAGCUGCAGAACUGAACGCCUGCAGGAUCAACAUGCAGAGAACUGAGAGUCAACUCAGACAGGCCCAGGCAGCCAUUGAGAGGAAAGAGGAGGAGUUUGCCAUGGCCAUCAAGGCUAGGGACGAGGCUGUCAAGGAGGGUCAAAGGUUACUGGAUCACAUCGAGGCUGUGGAGGAAAGGGAAAGACAAAAGUUGGAAGGCUACAAGAGAAGCCUGUCGGAGGCUAAACAGGACAGUACCCGUGUGGCCAGUACCCUGGAGGGAGUGAUGCAGUCCCACACACAGCUGCAGGACGCUGUGGAGGCGCUGCAGACUGAGCUGGGCAGGAAGGACAGCGAGAUAGCCGCUAUGAAAAAUGAACGGCAGCAGUUCCAGAGAAACAUCAGACAGCUACAGGGGGAGGUAGAGGCCCUUCAGUCUCAGGUAGCAGAGAUGGAGGCCAUGGAAUCAAAUGAGGUGGAGCCAUUGAAGUUAGCACUUGACCAGACCAAGCAGGAUAACAUGAAGCUGGCAGCAUCUCUGGAGGGGAUCUUACAGUCCAACUCUCAGCUACAGUCCAACCUGGACAAACUACAGGAUCAACUAGAACAGAAAACCUUCCAGCUCGACAAGAUCAAAACCACCAGGAGCCAGGAGAGUGAAGAGAUGAAACAUGAGGUCAGAAACUAUGAGGAGAGACUGGAGAAUCUCAAACAGCAGUUCAACAAGGAGAGGGAGACAACCAGGAAGAGACAUCAGAAAGAACUGACUGAGCUGCGGAGAGUCCAUGAGGAGUCGUUCUCUCGUGUUUCGGACCUGUCACGGACCAACAAACAGCUGCAGGGCAGGAUAGACGAGCUGGAGCAGCAGCAGGCCAGGCUGAAGGACCGCAUCAGGAGCCAGAAGGUCCAGCUGGACCAGCUACAGAAGGAGAGGAAGAACCAUGAACACACGCAGGGCAAGGUCAAGACCAUACAGGCUGAGCUGGAGUCUUUGGAAAAGGUGAAGAAUGAAUACAUCAGCAAGAACAAAGAACAGGCAAAAACUAUCAGUAGUUUUCUGGAAGAGAUAAACGGUCUGAAGUCUGAACUAAAGGCCCUGGCAAGGGCACAGGUGGAGGCAUCAGAAGCCGUGAAGUGAGUUUGUACUGAUCCUU